GCUCCCCCGCGCUUCUGGCCCCGUCGCUCUCUCUGCGUUACUCCCCGGCUGAUCAUGCAGUAAACUCGAGUGAAUCUCCUCUCUUACCAGAGACUUUGCAGUCCUUCGCUCGAUCUCCCACCAUGGCCGCCGGGCCGCGCCCAUAUCGGCGCAUUUUGACGUCUGCCCUGCACCGAAGAUUCGUCCAUGCUUCAGCUUUGGCGCUGCUGGUCAACUAUGUAAUUGCAUUCCUGAUCGGUGAUAAAUCAUCUUUCCUAUGGUCAUGGUUUCCAAUUGGAGCAUGUGGAAUCCGUACAGUCCUUCUGUUCGUCUCCAGUCUCGUCGUUUUCGUUCUGCGUGUUGGCCAGAUGCACAUUGGUUCGAGAACAACGACCUCUCCGCUUUUUACUCUGCAAGACUCCCUCCCGUUCAAGGUGGUCCAGACUUCAGCUUGGUAUCUGUUCUCGGCCUGGUGGUUCAGUGAGAUCUAUAAAUGGUCAUCUCCUAGAAGCGCACAUUUAGAAUGGGCAAACCAAGCAAGGCCCCACGAAAGAGUCAGUCUGAACGAGCGGCCGAUUUACCUCUACACCUGCCAUUUUGUUCUAGCAAUUGUGCAGUCGGUUGUUCACUUUUACUAUGAUUUCGAUCACGUCCCCAUUCCCGUUGCCAAACCCGCCGCCGGUGCUAGUGAUCAGAGAAGGCACCCCGUCGCGUCGGUUUCUAAGCAGAUCCACCUCGCGCUGCCUCGAAUUGCCAGUGAUGCAUUCAAGCGGGCGGCCAAAGUUGCCGCUGCCUCACCUUUCUUAUACUUGAUCUUCUUCAGGCGCACGGCUUGGCGCUUCACCAUGUCCUUCGCCAAGUUGUUCUGGAAUUUCCCACAAUCCGCCGCGGACCCGCCAGCAUUGGCCAGCUUCGGCUUUUGGCACAUUUUCCGACCUCUGUUCUCGGGAACACUCCUAGUCGUCUGCUGGGAGACAGCUAACCUUUUCUUCUCUGUGUUCCUCAGCAAGGAGCCCCUCAAGAGGGGUCAGCCAUUGACAGCAGAUGCGAAGGAUCCUAACGGGAGCCUUCUGACCGGAUUGAAUGCGAAAAAGGAAACCGUUCGCGCUUUUGCCUUCUGGGAGCUAUCUUUUAUCAGUCAACAAUUCCCUGACCGACGGAAGGGAAUCUUCAACGACAUCGACCGUGAGGGUGCGCCGGCGUGGACACAAAUCCUGCAGUCUGCCAGCGACGUGAUCAAGGGCAUCUCAACUCGGAUCGAAGAAAAGAAGAAACCCCAACCAGGCUCGAAGCUGUCGCAACCAGAACAGCCUCCGCCCGUUCUACAGACCCUACCUCGUCUCGCCGAUCCGCCCAAGGAGAUAGACAUUUAUGCGCCCUCCCCCAAGGCUGCUACCCGCCGGCAGCAUUUUGAGGAGGCACUCAGCUCGGCAGCCAAGUCUUACGGCCAAUCUCCUCCCGACUGGCCAGAUUGGUCGCCUAGAAGCCGUGUUCGAGCCCGUGACGCCAUCAAUCGUGCGUCGACUUCUUACCGGGAGCUCAAGAUUAUCACCGGGAUUUCGACCGGCAAACCGGCCAACGUCCAGCCAUUCGUCGCUCUUUUCCUCCGCUCGCCGGUAGGCUGGCUGUUUCGACAAACCUACGCACGCCGGCUGUCGGCCGUCGUCCUCGGUGCUCCGUAUUCCACUGCGUGUACUAUCGUUGAUGCCAUCGACUCGCUCACCCGUCUUCUCAUCGCCAGUCUACAGGAAGACCAGUACGGCAAGGUCCAAGCGGAUGUUCCCGGCGUCGUGCGUCUCUUCACCGAUACCAUUCUGACCUUGGAUCCGUUUGUCAACAAUGGCAUGGAUGUACACUGGACUGAUGUCUACUUUCCGUCCGAAAGUAACCCUCAAGCGCAGCUGGAGGCGCGAAAGGUUCCCGAAGUGGAUCUUGUUCGAGACACGUUGAAGAGUUCUCUCACCGAUCUUCUAUCUGCAUUCAAUCCGUACCUCAAGGACAUUGGGCUUGUCGGAAAAGAUCUCCGACUAGCUAAAGAGGCAGCUGGUAUUGUUGAGGACGAGAUUGCCAAAUUCAACAAGCAAUGAAAUAUGACGAGUGAGAGUAGGUUAUGCAUUCCGUUCACAUGGAUUACUUGGACGGACAUUUUGAUUCUGCAUUUGGGGGGUUUCCGCAUUUUUCUGCAUGAUGCAGUCUUCUUCUUACUGGUGUGUUUUAACGAUGUUCUAUUAUUUUCAUCGAAACCAUGUUGCUGAAAAGUCACGACCUUCUUGUUUAGAGUAUAGUAUUUAUUUCCCCGGCGUUUCGUUGGUGGAGGCUGUUCAAAUAGAUUUUUUUCGACAUUUUUACUUGGUCAUUUCAAGGCGCAGCAAAUUAUAGCGAUGUCGUGUGAGAGUC